AUGGAACCUGAAAAUAAUUCAGAGUAUUUAGUACCUUUUACUUACUUCAAGAUAAUAAUUUUAUUUUAAAUUAUCUUUUUUAUUGUAAAAAGAACUUACUCCCCCCCCAUCCUUGAUCGAACGAUUGACUGUAAAAAUUCCUAAAAAUUGGGGAAAUUACCCCCAUUCUUGAUCGAACGAUUUUUUAUAUCAUGACAAUUUUUAUAUAUAUAUAAAUAUAUUAUUUAUCAAAAGCUUGGGAAGAUGUACAUAAUGAAGUUGUUUUCAGAGCUUUGAGACGACAGAAAGCUGCGGAAUCAACCAUCCGAAGUGAUUUAGUUAUCAACAUAGGCUUACAAACUCAAUAAUCUAAUAAAAUAGAGAUUUUUAAAAUUUUAAAAUUUUUAAUUCAAUAAGGAACAAAUUAAAAUUUAUACAGUUUAAAGGGAUAACUAAUAGAUCAAAAUAUUAAAAAUUGGUAUUUUAUGAAAUUAAUUAAAUUUUUUGCUGUAAAAAUAAUUAUUAAAUACUCUUAACCAUCUUAUUUAAAAGUAAAUAAAAAAAAAUAUAUAUAUAUAUAUUUUUUAUUUUAUAUAUAAAAUUUUUUUUCCCCAAAAAAUUUUUUUUAACCCCCAUCCUUGAUCGAACGAUGGCGAGUCGUUCGAUCAAGGAUGGGGGGGGGGGGAGUUAGCUAUUAUGAACUCCUUACUUUAAUUUUUUUGGUAAAAAUAUUUUAUUUAAAAAUAAUUUACAAUUCAAAGGAGAUUUAGAACAAAGAAUAUUGGGAAAGGCGCUACGAAAACGAAGAAACCUAUGAUUGGCUCCUAAGAUAUCCUCAAGUCAAAGAAGACAUCUCGCCAUAUAUUACACCUGAGGACAAAAUCUUAGUCCUUGGAUGUGGAAACUCUAAGUUCAGUGAGGAUUUAUAUCUCGAUGGAUAUAGAAACAUAACAAAUAUAGAUAUUUCUCAAAUAGUCAUCGACAAAAUGCAAGAAAAGCAUCAAGACAAGCCAGAAAUGAGGUGGCUAGUUAUGAAUAUGCUCAAUAUGACUUUCAAUCCAGAAGAAUUUGACGUUGUCAUAGACAAAGCAACAAUGGAUGUUCUCCAAUGUGACAUUGAAGACGUAUGAGAUCCAAGCGACGAAGUAAAAUCAAGGAUUUCCCAAUUCUACCAAAAUGUAUACCAAGUCCUCAAAAACCAAAAACAUUUACUACAAAUUUCAUUUGACCAGCCUCAUUUUAGAAGAAAAUUUGUAGAUACAUCUAAAUGGAACUUAUCAGAGAAAACUCUUGAUAAAGGAGGACUUCCAUAUUUCUUAUACACCUUACAAAAAAAGAUAUAG